CUCUCUGUGUAUGUGUGUGGUUUUCGUAUAUGUUAACCUGUUUGGGACCAGAGUAUGAUGUGUAAUUUAGAUCACAGCUCAUUCUCUGGUUUGGAACCGAGGGCUGCUUCUUCUUUUGUAGACCGAAGCUGUUUGCCUAACUGCAGUGAUGAAUAAGUUCAUCCUCCGCCUUUUGGCUCCUCUGUUGCUGCUUCUCUGGAUGCAGCCUGCGGGCUCCAAGAAGGUCGGUCACAUCUUCAGUCAGCGCGAGGCUGCUGGUGCCGUCCCGCUGAGCAUGGUUAAAGAUUCUGUCGAUGACAUGUACGCUUCCUGCCAAGCACAGAUGAGUCACAAGGUCAAGACUAAAUACUUCAAGAAAGAGAACAAAGGGAUCUUCCAAAGGGCCUGGCAAUCAGCUGACAAGUGUGUAAAGAGGUGUAAGAACAUACAGCUUAAGGACAAACAAGAUGAGGCUCUAACUGAGGAACAUUUUCAAGCUAUCUGUGUCUACACAGCUGGUCAAGAAAAACUGUUUGAACUAUUCAACGCUGCAGUCCGAACUAACAGAUCUGAAUAUAGCACCACCUUCCAGUUUCACUCUUUACAUUUCUGGCUUACAUCUGCCAUUCAGAUACUUAAAAAGAAUGAAAAAUGCCUCACCAGUUACCGCAGAUCCCACACCCAGUUUACUGGCAAACGUAACCAAAUGAUUCGGUUUGGUUCGUUUGCCUCCAGCUCUCUCAAUCCAAAACUGACUCACUUUGGUACCGAGACCUGCUUCCUAAUUCAGACCUGUCACGGUGUUUACCUGAAAAAAUAUCCUCGCCUACAAGACAAAGAGGAAGAGGUGCUUAUCCCCCCCUAUGAGAUGUUUAUGAUCCAGAAGAAGUGCUCGAUGAAGAAGUGUAAAGGAAAACUGAGUGACUGUAAGGUCGUGUAUGUCUUGGAGAGUCUCGGAUUUUACAGCAAUCUUAACUGCAAAGCUGCAAAAGUAGAUGAGUGAUUCUCAAACAGAAUUUCAAGUGCAUUCAUUUUACUUCCCAUAUAUUUGUACAUAUAAUAGGAAAGUGACUAAUGUUCACCUUGAUGUUGAAGCACAGCGAAAACAUUAAAAGAUUUACAUCAA